AUGGUGGACCCCUUUGUGCUUUUCCAAACAUUGAACCAACAUGUCUCUUUGGUGUCUUCACUGGGAAGGUAUGAGACUGUCAGCAGGCAGCAAGCCACAGAUGCCAAGGGCCUAGUGCAUUGCCUGCCUCUGUUGGAAGCUUUGUUGGAUCUUUCCCCCACAGGUGAGAUCCACCCAGGUCCUCUGAGGCAAGCAUUGCUGAAGCUGGUCCAGCACAAACCGAAGAUAAACACAACAGACUUCAAUGGACUGGUAUACUGCAACAUGAGAGCAGAAAGGGUUACAACUGUCCUCCUUCAUCUUAGAAGGUUGAAAUCUGAGGAAGAGCUUGCAAAAGUAGCAGCAAAAGUGAGUGGAAAAGAAUACCAGCUGCUGAAAGAGCUUGCACAAAACUUGGCAGGCAAGGACACAGAGCAAAACAGUGAUGAGGAAAGAGAAGCUGCUUCCCUUGACAAAAGGGGGCAGCAAGAGGAAGAAGAAGCUGGCCCCCUUGCCAAAAGGAGGCAGCUUAAGAAAGAAGAUUCUGCCAUCUCCAUGGAUUCCAGUGGCUUCCCCAAGUGCUUGCAAAGCCCACAGCAAUCCAAUGCCUUGCCAUUGGAGGCUAGUCCUGACACCAAGGAUGCCCAAGCCAAAACUGAGCCAGUGAAAGAGGAGGAGGGCAUCAAACUCAAAGAAGGCAUCAAGAUCCUGUUUGAUGACAGGUGGGAUGUGAUCCAAGAGUGUGGCCAGUGGGGUAUUGAGUGCUUUGCCAUUGUGCCCUGGUGGAAUGCCCAUGGUAAGCUUGCCCAGCUGGGCAAGCUGACUUUGGAUGAGAAAGUGAAAAAAGCAACAGAAGAAGCAAACACAGCAGAGGAAGCAGCCAUAGUCUUAAAAGAUUCCUUGACAAAAGAUGAAUCUGCUAAGCUGUGGUCCAAGCACAAAACCUAUUUGAAGGGAAAGGAAGAAGAGAAAGAGGCUCAUGAGCAGUUGGGGAAGAAGGAAAAAGGACUUGAAGUUGUUCUUUGGUUUCUCAAGCACAAGAAAGGUGUGUUCUUCCAUACAGAAACCUCCAAAGAAGCCAGUGAAACCUUGACAAAAGGUGAGAAAUGGGUCAGUGAACACAAGAUGCUGCAGGAUUUCAGCAAAGAUGAAUUUGAACAGCACUUGGCAUCAGGAAGGGUCAAAUGGCGCUCAGACCCAUGGACCCCUGGCAUCUACCAAUACUGUGACCAGGGGGACCUGACCAAACAGGUCCAGUUGAAGAAAAAGCACAAAGUCACAGUGGGGCAGGAAAGGGAAAUGGAUGAUGCAGAGGAUGAAAAGGAGUUCAUGAGCUACUGGGGCAAAGGCUCUUUGGCCAGCAUGCAGGAGGCUGAAGUUGCCUUCAAAGGCCAGGGCCCUGCCUUGACAAAAGGUAAGGGCCAAGGUGCCUUGACAAAAGGCAAAGGGAGCAGAGGAAGCAAAGGAAGAGGCAGAGGAGUGCUGGCCAUAGAGGAUGGUAACCCAAAUGACACAGAAGAUGACAAAGACAAGAAGACACCUGAAGAGCAAUGGGCUGAGUGCUUGACAAAAGCACAAAAAUCCAAAGAGCAUCUCAGGGUGGCAGUGGGAAACUUGGAAGAAGCUUUGGAAGCUGCUAGCCAAGCAGGCAGAACUUCCAAGCAAGACAGGAAGGAAGCACAACUGACUUUGAAACAUGCCCAAGAAUGGGAACAAAAGCUCAAAGCAAUUACAAAUAAAAAAAAGGGUGGCAAUGUGGAAGCAGCAAAGCAAACCAUCAAAGAUGCAGUGGUAUGCACCAACCAAGUCAAAACAGAAGUGAAAGAAUACAAGGCAUUGGCAAACAAAAGCUUUUCCAAAAGCAGCAAAAAGUGA